AUUAAUAGUUUAAUUUCCAGGAUAAAACUUCGUCAUAAAGGUUUUUAAAUUGUUGUUUGGCGUUAUUAUGUUACAAAUGCCGAUAAAAUAGACGGCGGUAUACACUUUAAACGUUGGUUUGUAGUUCGCCAGUUAAACCAAAAGAAGAAGAAGAUGGUUUUCGUCGCACUGCAUUCUGGUUCUUGUAGUCCGUUUCUGAUCUUCCUUUAUUGUUGAAGAGCUCAACUGCACUGUUACUACGAUGUCGGGUGGUACAGUCUUGCAGCCAGCUGAAUCUGGAAACGGAGGAAACAAGAGGCAGUCGUGUCCGUUACACGGCUGUAAACGGGUUUACUCUGACACGGCCGGUCUGCAAAGCCACAUCAAGGACCAUGAGAUCUCAGCUCAGUCUCUUCCAGGAAAGGUCUUGUUGUGUUCCACUGUUGGAUGCAGUGGUUCCUUCCCCAACAUGCAGAAACUGAUGGAACACAUGAGGCAGCAUCACAAACCCAACAUAUUCUUCCUGUGUGAGAGCUGUCGCACAAAGUUGCGAUCCUACCGUGGCCUCUUGACUCACCUGCACACCUGUUCCAAAGUACCACGGGGCAAAGCAAAGCCGGCUGAGUCGACAGCUUCUCAUCCUGCAGCUCCGACCAACCCAAACACGACCCCCAUGGCUGUGGAUCAGAAGCCCCCCCUGCUGGACUCAGUGUUUACAUCCCAAUUACUACCUUCCCAAAUCCCAAACCCAGACGGUUCCUCCCUCAAUGCUGUUAAGUCAGAAUCAGCUGGCCCCCCUCUCCUCGGCCCCCCCUUCUCCUCUAACCCAGAGACCUCCCCUCUCCAGCUUGCUCCUUCACAGCUCACAGAGGCAGCUCCCCAGCCUCUGGUCAAAAACGAACCCUCCGAUCUGCCUUUGUCCUUAAACCUGGUUGGCCAAACAGCAGCUCCUGACACUCCUGAUGCCCAGGGUCAGCACCUGACGCAGACCAGGUCUCCUGAGUCCAUCCACCCUGCUUCAGGAUCAGCUCCUCGUUCUCCUCCUGUGACAGCCAUCUGGAAGAAGAGUCAAGGUAUGGCCUGCAACAGACGAGUCCUUUGGGAGCACACUAAAGGGCGCUACACAUGUGUACAAUGUGGCUACAUUGCAACCAACCGUAAAGAAAUGACUCACCACAUCAGCACUAAACACAACGGUAACAAACCUGCAGAAGACACAGGGAGCUCUGCCACAAACUCAUAGUGUGGAAGCAGGAAUUUGCUGAAUGGUGCAUAUUGGUAGCAGAUCUUGUCUUUUUGUUGCCUUGAAGAACUCAUCUUCUGUUUAUGGAAGUUAUGUCAAUGGUUUAUGUAUAAUAAUACACCUGUAUUCUGGCCGGUGAGCCUGCAGCAGUGAGUUAGAUAUUGAUAGUGAUCUUAAGCAUUUUUCCAUUUCCACAAAGCACUUAACAAAUGGAUUUUUGUCUGUCGCACACAAUAACUUUUCAAUAAUAAAUAUCUGCUGGGUCACUCACUGCAA